AUGACGCCAGUUACUGACUUUACUUUGCCUGUGAUAGCUUCACCCCCCCCCACCAACGGCUCCCCCACCCCGGCGGUGGAGUCUCCUGAGAGCAGCAAGCCCAGUUCCCCCUUUGUUGAGCGCAGCAACCCCAUGGGAUCAGGAAACGCUCAAACCGUCAGCUCCAGUGACCCGAAGGCUGUGGCCCAAGCUGCCACCGACAUGAAGAACGUUGUUCGCCGCAAGUUGACUGGCUACGUCGGUUUUGCCAACCUGCCCAACCAAUGGCACCGCAAAAGUGUUCGCAAGGGAUUCAACUUCAACGUAAUGGUUGUUGGUGAAUCGGGCCUCGGAAAGUCGACUCUUGUGAACACCCUCUUUAACACCUCUCUCUACCCGCCCAAGGAGCGCACCGGCCCCAGCCACGACAUCAUCCCGAAGACCGUGGCCAUUCAGUCGAUCAGCGCAGAUAUUGAAGAGAACGGCGUUCGUCUUCGCCUGACUGUGGUCGACACCCCCGGAUUCGGUGAUUUCGUGAACAAUGACGAUUCGUGGCGCCCUAUCGUAGAGAACAUUGAGCAGAGAUACGAUGCCUACUUGGAGGCUGAAAACAAGGUCAACCGUACUAACAUUGUUGACAACCGUAUCCACGCCUGUGUCUACUUCAUCCAGCCCACCGGCCACUCCCUCAAGCCUUUGGACAUUGAGGUCAUGCGCCGGUUGCACACCAAGGUCAACCUGAUCCCUGUGAUCGCCAAGGCCGAUACCUUGACGGACGAGGAGAUUUCUCAGUUCAAGCAGAGAAUCCUUGCCGAUAUCCAACACCACUCCAUCCAGAUCUUCGAGGGCCCCCGCUACGAACUCGACGACGAAGAAACCAUCGCCGAGAACCAGGAGAUCAUGUCGAAGGUCCCCUUCGCUGUGGUCGGUGCCAACGCUGAGGUUGCCACCGCGGACGGCCGCAAGGUCCGGGGCCGUAGCUACCCCUGGGGUAUCAUUGAGGUCGACAACGAGGAACACUGCGACUUUGUCAAGCUGCGCCAGAUGUUGAUCCGCACCCACAUGGAAGAGCUCAAGGAACACACCAACAACCUGCUGUACGAGAACUACCGCUCCGACAAGCUGACCCAGAUGGGUGUCGCCCAGGACCCGAGCGUGUUCAAGGAAGUCAACCCAGCUGUCAAGCAGGAGGAGGAGCGUGCCCUGCACGAGCAGAAGCUCGCCAAGAUGGAGGCAGAGAUGAAGAUGGUCUUCCAACAGAAGGUAGCCGAGAAGGAGAGCAAGCUGAAACAGAGCGAAGACGAACUAUACGCUCGACAUCGCGAGAUGAAGGAUCAACUGGAGCGGCAACGCCAGGAACUGGACGAGAAGAAGGGUCGCCUCGAAAGUGGUCGACCCAUCGAAGAGAAGGGCAAGCGAAAGGGGUUCUCCCUUCGUUAG